AGAAUAUUUUAUACAUCAAAUGUGGCUUCUUGGUUCAACUCCCGAAGUCAUGGAAGAGCGCCUGUCACCUUCUGCACGUUUUGUCCGAAGCCCCUGGAAUAACCAUAAUCAAGCCGCAACGAGGGUUCACAGUAUUGAAGCAAUAUUGGGAUUUAAAGACGAAAAUAUGUUUCAUCAAUCUGUGUCCUACAAUGAGUCAGGAAAACCUGCUGAGCCGAGAGGAAAUGGAAUUAUGUCAUCCCCGAAGAAAGAACUCAACCCAAAAUGUUUUGACAGUGUCUGCUGCAGCAGUUCGGGGGCCUCUGUCAGUUCUGACUUACCUAAAGGGGAGGAUAAAUUGCACGUUGAUGAGAACCCAAAGAAGAAACACCGGCGUAAUAGGACCACGUUCACCACCUUUCAGCUGCACGAGCUGGAGAGAGCGUUCGAAAAGUCGCACUAUCCUGACGUCUACAGCAGAGAGGAGAUCGCGCUCAAAGUUCAUCUUCCCGAGGUCCGAGUACAGGUGUGGUUCCAGAACCGUCGGGCCAAGUGGCGUCGCCAGGAGAAGCUGGAGGGGAGCUCCAUCAAGCUCCAGGACACUUCCUCCUUCCUGUCCUUCAGCCGCUCCUCCUCCCAGUCUCUGGGCUCCGGGCUACAGCUGGAGCCAUGGCUCAGCACUCCCACCACCACUGCCACCCCUCUGCAGUCCCUUUCCGGCUUCAUCACCAGCCCAUCUCAGGGCCUCCAAAGAACCUCCAGCUACACUCCUCCACCCUUUCUCAACUCCCCCAGUUUUGGGCAUAUUGGUUCUCUGUGUCCUCCUCCGCCGCCCCCGUACCAGUGCUCAGCGUCUGGGUACGUGGACAAGUUAACUAUGGAGGAGUUGGAUCCUCGUAAUUCUAGUAUUGUGUCUCUGAGGAUGAAGGCUAAGGAGCAUAUUCAGUCUAUUGGGAAACAUGGUGAGGAUGGAUGCUGGCUUGCAUCCCUCUGAGGCAAUGCAAAGAUCUGGUUUUAGGUUCUGACUUAGGAAAUGUACACUUUUCCUACUUACCUUGUGCAGGUGUGUAAAGGUAUCCAAAUAAGCUGCGUCGGUUCGGUUGACUAGGUGAAGGGAACAUCUGUGCUUGCAUACUCCCUUAAAGGGACACUUUGGGAUUUUGGCAAUGAAGCCUUUUAACUACUUCCCCAGAAUCAGAUGAACUCAUGGAUACCAUUUGUAUGUCUCUGCACCCUGUUUGAAGGAAGUUAGAGGUAGUCUAUGGUAUCUACUAGCAUGCUAGCAGUAUUACUGUUUGUUCCUCUUGAGACGCCAUAUCCAGUACACUUCAUCAAAAUAGUCAAAAUUAAGAUUAUGAUAGCUCAAGAAAUCUUUAAUUCAUUUUGACAUUUUUGCCAGGGAGGUUUUAGUCGCAAAAUUUGACAUCUAACUAAGAUUUUGUAUUUUUCAAGUGAAAAACUUUGCAUGAAGACUAGUCAUCUGUUGUUGAAUGCCAACAAACACUUAAUUGAAGAAUCCCUAAUGUUGACCAAUCACCAACGAAAGGCAUACUUCGGCUUGCCUCAAGAAAAAGUGUGCUCGAACAGGCUGGGAAAAAAACUGACGAACACAGCCAAACACCAAAACAAACAAAAACCUCACAAAAUGUUGUCAUAAUAUAUGCAGUAACUGUUUAGAACCGGGAAGUAUAAGAUAAUCUUAACAGGCUUUGCAGAUGAGGUUACCUUGCGUGCGUUGAAUAAAUUUAAUUCAACCGCUGAAAACCCUCCCACUUGCUGGCCAACAGAUUUUCUAGUGAAAUUUGUAUUCAAUAGCCAUCCCUUUAAAUUUGGUGUACCUUUAAUUAGAAUUUUCUCAACAGACUCACUAGAACAUAUAGAUGGGUUGGUUGUUUAGCAACAAAACCGACCCAUGCACAACUAUGGGGUAAAACAGACGGGGUUGGCUUAGAUUGUUGACAACAUGUAAACUAUAUUUAAUCUCCAAUGUUUAUUGAAAACAUGAAUAAAAUUGCACAAUACAUUUUUUGACAUGUUAGCAUAGCAUAGCAUAAACGUGACAGUCAAACACCUCAUAACAACACAUGGUUUUGGGAAGUUCUCAGCUAACAUGUCUAUGUUUCAGAAUGUUAGGGACCAAUGAAAAAAAGCCUUGUAAAUACAUGCAUGUUUCUUUCCUUUUCAGCACCAAUUGGUAGAUAAAAAAAUACUCUGAUCUUGUAUAUUAUUUAGGGUUAGGAAAGUACUUAUACAUUUUUUUUAACCUACCAACUAGGUAGGUUCUGCUCUACUAUCAGUGCACACAGGUUUCCAUAGGCUACAGUCUCCGCUUGGAUCUCCAAAUUUAACUCCUGCAAAUGAUGAAGCCAUAGGCCUAAAAUUAAAAUUCUGAAUAAUGAUACAGCUAUUUCUACUUCACUUGUGGAAAAGAGGCUGAAAUACCUGUCAUGUUGACAUGCUUUUCAGUUUGCUGAAAUAUGACUGGUUUCACAUUUUCACAACGAUCAUAAAAUAAAACAGAUCUAAAACAACUGUCAUUUAUAUUUACAAUCCUCUUGUCCUAACUAAUGACUAAUUUACCUAGGUCUUAUUAAUAGCUCUUAUCAAUUUAUAAAUUACAGUGCAUAGAGAUUUGGUGUUAUUUCUACAUAUAAUUAUCAUUUUUUUAAAGUGGUGGAAUUAUGAGCAAAUUAAGUCAAGGUCUGACUACGGAAUAUCUGUAGACACACCUCUGUCUCACCUCCUUUGCUGUGAAUAGCAUUGAAUGGGUUGUGAAUAGCAUGAUAUUCUCAUCCACAAGGUCAAGGUCAGAAUUAAAGAGAAAAGUGUAGAAAAAGGGGAAUUAUGUUCCAUUUCUUAAGUUAAUUAACACUCUUAAUUCGGGUCAGAAUUCCCCCUCUUACUGAAUGAAGGAUGCCAUUGAAGAGAAAGUGGAAAUGUUCAAAUGUAAAAUUGCCUGCAACCUGGUUUCUAUGUUGACAUUUGCAUCCCUAUUUUAACAAUUAUCUUCUGUUAUGUAUAUGUACUUCUGCUAAGACAAUCACAUCCCAGGAUUAAUCUAUGUAUUUAUCAUUGUUUCCAAGCCCUUGUCUAGAUAACUUUCUUUCAGUGUUCUUCCAGUUUGUACACUUUACAAAUGUUCAUGACCGAUUGUCCAUUUGUUGUUU